AUGUCAAAAAUUAUUGACGACUUAUUUAACGUUUUUGAGGAAAACGAUAUAGAAGAAAAUAUUUUGAUAAAAAAUGAAGAGGACAGAAUAGGGAAUAACAUCUUAUCGGUGGAGAAGAAUGACAAGGAGGAAAGUAAUAACAUAAAAAAUAAAGAAGAGUAUACUGAAACAAAACAGUCUGAUAAAAUAAUAAAAGAAAUGAAUGCUAAUAAGAAAAAUAGGAAAGAAGAAUAUCACAAUAAUAAUGAAGAUAAGUUAUCAAAUACACCACAAGUAAAUUACAAAAUAAAUAUUGAAAAUUUAAUUAAUAAGAAAAGAAAAGAGGAUAAAUUGAUUAAAAAUCAAGUUAGAGAAGAAAUAUAUAAUGAUAUACAAAAUUUUGAUGGAACUACUAAUAAUGUAAAUAAGAAAGUAAGAAAAAUAUCUGAAGAAGAUAAGAAUAGAAAAAAAAAGGAAAAAAAUAAUACAAAUAACUCAAAAGUAGAAGAGAUACUAAUUGAAAAUAGUAAAACAAUAAAUAAUGAUGAUGUUCUAGUUUUAGAAGAAUUUGGUAGUGAUAUUAAUUGUAUUCAUAAGUGUGUAAGACCCAAAAGUUAUGUACAUAAUGAACUAAGUGAAUCCAUAAUCCCAGCUAGAACGUAUAAAUUCGAGUUAGAUACAUUUCAAAAAAAGUCAAUAGAAUGUUUAGAAAGAAAUGAAAGCGUUCUAGUAUCAGCUCAUACCUCUGCAGGAAAAACAGUAAUAGCUGAAUAUGCAAUAGCCUUAGGUCUAAGAGAUAAACAACGCGUUAUUUAUACUAGCCCAAUUAAAGCAUUGAGUAAUCAAAAAUAUAGAGACUUAAGUGAAGAAUUUAAAGAUGUCGGUUUAAUUACAGGAGAUAUUUCUAUAAAUCCUGAAGCCUCUAUAAUUGUUAUGACCACAGAAAUAUUACGAUCCAUGUUAUAUAGAGGAUCUUCUCUAACAAAAGAAGUAAAAUGGGUUAUAUUUGAUGAAAUUCAUUAUAUGAGAGAUAGAGACAGAGGGGUUAUAUGGGAAGAGACGAUUAUUUUAUUACCUUUAAUGGUUCGACUCAUUUUUUUAAGUGCAACAAUACCGAACGGAAUUCAGUUUGCUGAAUGGGUUAGCAGUAUUAAAAGUCAAGCUUGUCAUAUUGUAUAUACAGAUUAUAGACCCACCCCAUUACAACAUUAUAUUUUUCCUACAUCUAGUGAAAGUGUUUUUUUAAUAUGUGAUGAAAAUAAAGAAUUUAAAAGAGAUAAUUUUAUCAAAGCUGUUAAUGCUAUUAAGGAAAAAAUGAACAUGUCAGAAGAUAAUUUACAAAGGAAUAAUAAUAUUAAUAAGUACGCUAAAAAAAUGAGAAAAAAUACUUAUGAUAUUGAAAAAAUUGUUCAGAUGUGUCACUCCCGUAAUUAUACCCCUUUAAUUAUUUUUGCCUUUUCAAAAAAGGAAUGUGAAGUAAAUGCAACUAGCAUGCAUAAAGUGGAUUUAACAGAUGAAACAGAAAAAGAAGUAAUAAAAGAGUUAUAUGAAAAUGCAAUACAAAUUUUAGCUGAUGAUGACCGUGCAUUACCACAGGUCCAAUUUAUUUUACCCUUACUGUUAAGAGGAAUUGGAAUACACCAUGGAGGUUUAUUACCUAUCAUUAAAGAGAUUAUCGAAAUAAUGUUUCAAGAGUCUUUGUUAAAAGUUUUAUUUAGUACAGAAACUUUUUCUAUGGGCAUAAAUAUGCCAGCUAAAACUGUUGUCUUUACUUCUUUAAAAAAAUUUGAUGGCUUAGAAAAAAGAUUAAUAACAUCUGGAGAAUAUAUUCAAAUGGCUGGAAGAGCUGGUAGGAGAGGAUUAGAUGAUAGAGGAAUUGUCAUCAUUAUGUUAGAUAGCCCUCUUCAUUGGAAAGAAGCAGAAAAAUUGUUUGUAGGUGAAGCCAAUAGAUUAGUUAGUCAGUUCCAUCUAGGAUAUAAUAUGAUAUUAAAUUUAUUAAGAAUUGAAGGUAUUACCCCAGAAUUUAUGAUUGAAAGGUCAUUUAUUCAAUAUCAAAUGAAAAAAAAUCUUUUUCAAAAAAUUUUAGCUAAAAAAAGAGUAGAAGAAAAAAUUAAAGAAAUAUUUAACACUUUAACAAAUAUUUACCUAGACGAAAAUUACCAAGAAAUAAGCAAAACAAAUCUUUUAAAAAAUAUUAUGAUGAAUUAUUACAAAAGAGUAGCAACAAAAAAAAAUAGCAGUCAAACUUUAGCAGACACGGAAAGUACAGCACCUAAUAUGGCGGACCACAAUAUGGCUCAGUCACUCUCACAUAAUAAUAAUGGGCAUAAUGAAGGAGGAAAUUCACAAGAAAACCAAAAAGUACAUGUACUUCAUGGUAAGGAGAGUGUAAGUGAUACUACAACCACCUCCUGCAAUGCACUCUGCAGUAAUGACAACAAAAAUUUGGAUGACGAAAACAAAAAUUAUGCUGCUGAUAAUAAUAAUAAUGAUGACAGUAAUUUUAACGAGGAGCUAAAAAAGUACGGUACCAUAUAUUCUUAUAUAUCUAAUUAUUAUAUAAUCACAAGUAAAUUAGUAGAACUGGGGGAGUCCUACAGGUCUAUAUUAACAUCGAAGAAAAACAUAACCCCCUAUUUAGCCCUUGGCAGGUUGAUAUACCUUGUUGAGGAAGACCAGAAAUGGGGGUGGUGCAUUUGCAUAGAAGGAAGAGUCAUUGAAGGGAAAAACAUGGGCGGAAAGAGGAGCACAGAAAGUAGUAGUUAUAGUAAUAACAAUAAUAAUUACAAUAAUAACAGUAACAACAGUUAUAGCAAUAAUUACAGUAAUGGAGAUACUUUUCAUAAACAUAGCUACGCAGAUGGGAAUGAUCCGGGAGAUAUGUUAGUUGUUGAUUGUCUCGUUCCCUAUAAUGAAAGUAAAAAAAGAAAGCGAACGCAGUAUGAUGACGAUGAAAAUGGAAGUGAAGACAGAGGUACAGCUGACAGAGACAUUGGUAACAAUGAAAACGAGAAUGACGAGAGAGAAUAUAUUCCACCAAGUGAUAGAUUAAAAGCAAAAUGGAAAUUUAUGUGUUUUCAUAUUAAAUGCAUUUAUCAAAUAUCAGCAGUCGUAUUAAGCAUAGACAAGCCAUUUGAUAAAAAAAGUGAAGAAGAAAUUGAAAACGUUAGAUUGAAAUAUAACACCAUGGUCAGUUGUUUAAAAGGAGAAAAAAAUAUUCCAGUUAUUAGUCCCUAUCAAAUGGAUAUUAAAGAUGAGGCAUUUUUAAAAAUUGUAAAAAAUAUAAGUUAUCAUGAAAAUGUAUUAAAAAAAAAUAAAUUAUUAAAUAAUAAAAACUUAAAUAAAUAUUAUCAUAUGUAUAAUAAGUAUGUUGCCUUACAAUUUGAAAAAAACAUUUUAGAGUCGAACAUUGAAAAAUGCCGAUUUAUUGUUCUUAAAAAAGAAUUAAAAAAUAUGCUCAUUUUGUUGGAGAGUUUAAAUUAUAUUGAAAUUUCGCACAAUUUAGAAAAUAUAAAGGAUGAAAAUGAAGUAAAAACUAUUCAGAAUGUUGCUAGGACGAGUGAGCAAAGUGAUAUAAGCCUGACAAAUCAGCAAAAUAUUUUCAAUACAAAUGAACAAACUGUUGGUUCCACAGAUGAUCGCUUAAUCUACCAAAAUCACAAUAGUGAUAGCAAAAACAACCACGGUGGUAGUAAAAAUGCCAAUGUUAAUAAUAACAUGGGUGAGGAAAAAAAUUACAUAGUUACUAUGAAAGGACAAAUAGCGAGCGCAAUUUUAAGUGUUGAUGAAUUAGUAAUAUCAGAAUUGUUCUUUUCCAAUUUUUUCAGUAAAUAUAAUUUUGAUUAUAUAUGUGCUUUCCUAUCAUGUUUUGUAUAUGAUGAAUCCACAAAUAAAGACAUCACAAUUAAUGACCCCAUACUAGUGGAGGGGUAUCAGCAAAUCAUAAAAACUGCAACCAGUGUAGCAAAUAAAAUGAAUCACUGUGGAAUGAAUAUAAAUUUAAAAGAUUACCUUGAUAAAUUUAAGUCCUCCAUUAUGCCUAUCGUUUUAUUAUGGGCUCGUGGGCACUCAUUUAUGGAAAUUUUAACGGACUCACAAAUUUACGAAGGGUCUAUUAUACGAACCCUAAGGCGUUUGGACGAACUGCUAAGGCAAAUGAUCUGCGCAUUCAGAGGAAUUAAUAAUGACAACAUGUGCGAAAUUUUAACAGCUGCAACUAAAAAGUUGAGACGCGGUAUCCCAUUCUCGCCCUCUUUGUAUUUAUAA